CUGUCUGUAGAGAAAACUUAUUAAAUACAGUACUGAAAUAGGACUGUCUGACUGUAGGAUAGCUCUGUCAAGCAGUAGUGAAGGAAGUGGUAAAAUGAGCAAUUCAGAAUGGUCUGAAGGAGUUCUCAGACUGCUGAGAAAACUCAACAGCUUUGACGAGCCAGGGUCAAGCAAACCGACUUGUGUUCCAUUUAUCGUCAAUGGCCAGAAUGUCGGGAUUUUACAACAAGAACUUGUGAAAGAGCUUGCAAAUUAUUCUGGAACUUUUACUCUUCAAUGUAACCAAGCUAAUCAAAUCAAUUCUGUUGAAUUGAAUGAGAAAUUUAAGACAUAUGAUGAGCGUUCGGAGGCUGUUCUCAAAGUUGUGCAAGAUCUCAAAGAAAAAAACGCUUUCUUGACUUUGAGGUACUGGAGAAAUGAGGACUAUGAUGUUGCAUCUGGACCUGGCCAACCUGCCUUAUUAAAAGUAGAGAGAGCUGCAACUUCACUAUUUGGUGUAAGAGCGUAUGGAGCUCAUGUUAACGGCUACGUGAAACACCCUGAAAGAGGGUUUUGCAUAUGGCUCGGACGGCGAUCGCCCAAAAAAGAAACUUAUCCUGGAAUGUGGGACAAUGUGGCUGCUGGUGGCCUCGGAGUUGGGUUUGGGAUUCGAGAAACAAUGAUUAAAGAAUGCUACGAGGAAGCCAGUAUUCCAGAGAAUAUCGCGGAAAAUAUGAUCUCAGUCGGAUGUGCGAGUUAUACAAUAGAAAAUGAUAGAGGCAUUGGAAAGGAAUUACAAUACUGUUUCGAUUUAGAAUUACCGUUAGAUUUUACCCCCAAACCACUCGAUGGCGAAAUGCAGACUUUUACGUUAUUUAAUAUUGAUGAAAUUAAGAAUCUCAUUAUACAAGACAAUUUCAAACCUAAUUGUGCUGCAAUUACGCUGGAUUUUUUGGUUCGUCAUGGUUUUGUAACUCCCGAUAAUGAACCUAAAUAUGCAGAGAUUGUGCAGCGCAUGUGUAUGUGGUCGUGAAAUAUAAUUUACGCCUCAAUAUAAAUGAUGAAAAUCCAUAAUCUUAAGCAAAGUUUAUCCAAGAGCCCGCCAACAUAACUGAGCACUUUGCUCGUGAGAGCACAUGGUCGCCGUUGGUUGGUCAUGUAUGAUCAGUCAUCUCUAUGUAUCAGUCAUUUUAUUUGCUAUGUUUAAUAGUGACAAGCCAGCAAAUGAAAUUAUAAAAAUAAAUAUGUUACAGUUUAAGAAUCAAACAAAUCUAAGUCAAUCUACUCUAAAUUAAUGUAAUCAAUGUGAAUGGUACAUAGCGAGAGCAUUUGCUUGUGGCCCUGAGAGAACUGCUCAGGACUCUGUGGCCCUCUAGUGGGCAUUUCUCAAACUGUGUUCCGCGGAGCAGGGAUCAAAUUUGCGACUAAAUUGAUUGCCAUGGCGAUCUCGGUCGUACUUUUGCGACUCUGGGUCAUAAAUUUGCUGUCUGGAAAGCAUGGCGUUCUCGUUACCCGUUCAAUAUCGGUAACCAUCGGCCUAAGUUUUCAAUUGUCGAGGUUGCACCCAUCUUUUUUAUCUUAUAAUUUCUUGGUUUUCCGCAAAAUGAGAUAAAAAAGCGUAGGUGUUUCGGGGCAAAAAAGUUUGAGAAACCUUACAUAGUGGAUCUGAGGCCCAGUUUGUUAUAAACCAUAUAUUAAAUCAUUAUGUACUAAUUUUAUGAAUGUGUUCAGUAUUCAAUAUGUAUUAUUAUUGCUAUGUCAAUACCAUUGCUUCAAUUUAAUAUUUAAUUAUAUAUUGCUAAUUACCAGAGCAAUAAUUUUAUUUACUUUUAUCAAUUUUAUUUUUAAUUUUAA